UUUACUCCCUUAAGUUUCAGUUUCUCUGAUCGCGCAGCGCAGUAUCCAACCGUCAGUAACUCGAUGUUUUUCUGCUGCAGAAAUGAUAUUUUUGCAUUUAUUCGCGUAUUUUCUGCUGAUCCUGCAGGUUUCUGCUGCUGACGUGGCGGUGACACCAGGAGGAGCUGCUGACCUGCAGUGCCAGACUCCCGGCGCCGCGGCGGCCACCGUGGUGGAGUGGACCAAAGACGGCCUGCCGGCCAGCGAAUACGUCUUCUUCUACCGCAACGGCCGGCCGUACGAGAAGUACCAGCACGACUCCUUCAGAGGCCGAGUGGCGCUGAAGAACCGGUCCGGUCCGGGCAGCGGGGACGUGUCUGUGGUCCUGAAGAACGUCUCUGUGGAGGACGAGGGGACGUACCGGUGUCGGGUUCGGAUGAGCAGCUCUGGGACCGAGGCGGAGGAACACCUUCAGGUCAGCCGGCUGAGGGUCGCGCUGCGGUCAGGAAACGAAGCAGGAAACGAAGCAGGAAACGAAGCAGGAAAUGAACCAGGAAACGAAGCAGGAAACGAAGCAGGAAACGAAGCAGGAAAUGAAGCAGGAAACGUCCAGAGAGUUUUCACAGACGGAGCAGCGGGUCCAAACGUCGCCGUCCUGGUUGGAGUCCUCAUGGUUUGUGUUUGUGUUGCUGCUGGUGUCGGUUUUUAUCUGUUCAGGAGAAACAAAUCCUCUCAUCAGAGGACAGAAGUUGUGUGAAGCUGAGAACAAGAAAAUCAUUUUAUUUCAGUUUUAUUUCAGAGCUGUAAAAAGCUUCAACCUUCUGAAAACAAACGGAGAUCCUCGAUUAAACCAGUUUAUUAUGGAAAUAAUUUGGGAGAAAAGCAUUAAAAUAAAAAUAAAAUCACUACAGAAGACGAAGCGUUGAUGUUGGAGGAGAAGAAAAGGAAAUGAAAACCUUUUUGAUCUGAUCUGUGAAUCUCGUUUCCUCUGGUUGACGGUGUGAUGUCAUGUCCAGAGUGUGUUCAUGUAAAUGUUCAGAUGUAAACAGGAUGUGUGUGUUCAUGUAAAUGUUCAGAUGUAAACAGGAUGUGUGUGUUCAUGUCAUGUCGGUUUAAACUGAGUUUUCUCUAAAUAACCUUUUUUACAGUGUAACUGAUCCUCUGUGACCAAAUCUUUAACAUUUCUUCAUCUGUAAUAAUUAUAACAAUGUUCUGUAAACUAAAAUCACUACAUUAGAGCCAUUUUACUUGUGUUAAAUUGUGUGAAUAUGGUUUUAUACGUUUUAUUAUAUUUUACUGUAAAAAAUCAAAGUUUGUGUCGUUUUUCUCUGUUUGCUGCUCAUUUUGACUCAGGAUUGAAUAAAUAAGUGAAACCUGAA